UUAAAGAAGAAAACAAACAUACACAUUAGAUAUUUGAUUAAAAAUAGAAAUAUUUAACAAAAGGAAAAAUGAAAUUUAUCGAAAUUGUUGAUUCGCUAAAUACGGUAUGGCCAUCUAUAAAUAUACAAGUGUGUUAAUCAGAAUGCGCUAGCAUGUUUUCCAUGUGAUCGUACGUACGUCUUAUCGCGAAAUGAUUUAAAGCAUCUAUCUCUCUUAUCUCGUAAGAUUUUAAUAAUUUCCGUUCAUUUAGUAUCGAACUUGCUCUUAUUAAUGGCAAUUUCAAGAGUGAGAUUAUAUAUUAUUAUUAUAUCAAAGUAAAGUUCUUAUAUAAAUAAUUCAACAAUUUAACUAAAGUGUUUAUUACUUGUGCUCAUUGUAGGUGUAAUGAGAAUUAUAUUUUUAAUAUUUUCUUGAUCAAACAUAUGUAGACAUUGCUUCUAUCAUCUUGUAAAAUCGGUCUUGUGACUAUGAGACAACUCUACAUAUUUCUUACAUAAUAUAUUCAAUUAAUUAAUAUAUUAGUAAAUAAAUAUUUUUAUUUUAAUCAAAUUUUCUAUGAAAUCUCUUCUUUGUUGUUUGAAGAAGAAAAAAUUUGGAAUGGUCAAAUCAAAUAGUGUUAAAGUCAAUGCGUUGUAUGAAGUUCACAUACUAAAAAUAGAAAAUGCCAGGCACAUUGACAUAUCCAAUUUAUGCCGAUGUUGAACCAUCAGUGCCAAGACGUCGUGCUUAUACAUGGAAUUCUCAACAUAGAAGAACAUCUCGUGUAACAGAUUUGUCAUUGCGUGCUGGAAGAUUAUCCUUAACAGAUACUACGAGAGAUGAGGGUACGCGCAAGUUGAGGUUAAGGGUAAUCGCGGGAAAUCAUCUUGCUAAGAAGGAUAUCUUUGGUGCAAGUGAUCCCUAUGUCCGCAUAGACUUAAUUACUUUAAAUGGAAAUCAGACUGUGGAUUCUGCACUUACAAAAACUAAAAAGAAGACUUUAAAUCCUGUUUGGGAAGAAGAAUUUAUAUUUAGAGUUAAGCCCGUUGAUCAUAAACUAGUAUUACAAGUUUUCGAUGAAAAUAGAUUGACAAGGGAUGAUUUUCUUGGGAUGGUUGAAUUAACGUUACUUAAUUUACCUAAGGAGCAAGAAGGUCGUACUAUUCCUGCUAGAAUCUAUAUUCUUCGACCGCGUAGUUAUCAUUCCAGCCAGCGAUCGAGAGUUAAAGGCACAUUGGAAAUAUACCAUGCGUACAUCUCUGAUUCAACAACUACGGAGAACGAAGAUGGAGAUGCAUCUGAUUCAGGAGGAUGGGAGAUAGUACAACCAGAAACUAAUAGUCCUGUAGAGCCAGUUGCAGAAAUUCAUAUGGUUAAUGGGCCAUUACCUCCAGGAUGGGAAGAAAGACAAGAUGCUAAUGGAAGAACAUAUUAUGUUAACCACAUAGCUCGAUUUACACAAUGGGAGAGACCAACAAAUACAAAUAUAUCAUCCACUGGUAACACAACAGAACAACGUAAUUUGGAUACUGCAGCAACAGAAUUUCAGCGACGUUUCCAUAUUAGUGCUGACGAUGAAAAUAGACACAGAAAUUCAGUUAUAAAUCAGGAUGGCGAAGUUCCACGCGAAGAGGAUGAAGAUUCUGAAGCAAGGGAUAGUGAGGGUAGGAUUCAUAGGGAAGGGGGUAUUGGGGAUACUUCCUCAGAUUCUGGACAUUCUGUUGAUCUACGUGGCUACCAAAGUGAAUGCGAAGACCAGAGUGAUAAUGUUGAUAGUCCAGCUGGUUCUAGACGAUCAUCAGAACAGAUUGACAGUCCAAAACCUACACUUCCUGUAUCCAGUGAGGAAGGCUUACCACCUGGUUGGGGUAUGCAGAUAGCACCCAAUGGUCGUGUAUUUUUUAUUGAUCAUAAUGAAAGAGCAACAACAUGGAUUGAUCCAAGAACAGGCAGACCAAGUUCAAUACCUAAUCACAAUGCACCAUCGACUACACCGAGAAGUGAUUUGGAUCAACUUGGACCUCUUCCGGAAGGCUGGGAAGAAAGAGUACAUAGAGAUGGACGAAUAUUUUUCAUAGAUCACAACACCAGGACAACUCAAUGGGAAGAUCCGCGUAUGUCUAAUCCACAAAUUGCUGGCCCAGCUGUACCAUACUCCAGAGACUACAAGCGUAAAUACGAAUAUUUGAAGUCUCAAUUGAGAAAACCGAACAAUGUUCCUAACAAAUUUGAAAUAAAAGUUGCAAGAGGCAACAUAUUGGAGGACUCAUAUCGUAUCAUAAGUUCUGUGAAUAGAGUGGAGAUUCUAAAAACUAAAUUAUGGGUAGAAUUCGAAGGGGAAGUAGGUUUGGAUUAUGGAGGCCUUGCAAGAGAAUGGUUUUUCCUUUUAUCUAAAGAAAUGUUUAAUCCGUAUUAUGGCCUUUUCGAAUAUUCUGCUACAGACAACUAUACUCUUCAAAUCAAUCCGUUUUCUGGAGUAUGUAACGAAGAACAUUUGAAUUACUUUAAAUUUAUUGGACGUGUAGCUGGCAUGGCAGUUUAUCAUGGCAAACUUUUGGAUGCAUUCUUUAUUCGACCAUUUUACAAAAUGAUGUUGGGAAAGUCUAUUGACUUGAAAGAUAUGGAAAGCGUCGAUUCCGAGUAUUAUAAUUCAUUGUUAUGGAUUAAAGAGAACGAUCCGAGUGAAUUGGAACUAACAUUUUCCGUUGACGAAGAUAGCUUUGGACAUACCUCGCAGAGAGAACUUAAACCAGACGGUGCUAAUAUAUCGUUAACUGACGAAAACAAAGAUGAGUAUAUAAGUUUGGUCAUUCAAUGGAGAUUUGUAUCGCGUGUCCAAGAACAAAUGAACGCAUUCUUAGAAGGAUUUAAUGCACUUAUUCCACCAACGCUAGUAAAAAUAUUUGACGAACACGAGUUGGAAUUAUUGAUGUGUGGAAUACAGCAUAUUGAUGUGAAAGAUUGGAAACAAAAUACAUUAUACAAAGGAGAUUAUCAUGCUAAUCAUAUUGUAGUCCAAUGGUUUUGGAGAGUUGUUCUUUCUUUUACCAAUGAAAUGAGAUCGAGACUAUUGCAAUUUGUAACUGGUACUUCUCGAGUUCCAAUGAACGGUUUUAAAGAACUUUAUGGAAGCAAUGGACCACAAUUAUUUACGAUCGAAAAAUGGGGUACACCAGAUAACUAUCCAAGAGCACACACUUGUUUUAACCGUAUUGAUCUACCACCUUAUGAAAGUUAUCAACAGCUCAGGGAUAAGUUAAUAAAAGCUAUUGAAGGGUCUCAAGGUUUUGCUGGAGUCGAUUAGCAUGAAAUACCCCUAUUCAUGAUGAUAUCUGUAAUAUAAUAUACAUAUGUAUAUACAUACGCAUAAGCACACAGCGAUGUAUACUGACUUGACAUUAUUGAUUAUUUAACAUGAUUAAUAUUUUCCUGCAUUAUGGGGAUUUAGUUAUGUCUUACUACAUAUGACAACGAGGUACAGGAUAAAGUACAUAUAUUGUUUAGCUGUUACAAACGACACGGACCAAAUUUGUUGUAAUUUUCUAUUAAAUAUACUUCCCCACAUUGGCGAAAUUUGUCAUGAUUUUAAAUCCAGAUUAUGAGUCAAAUAAUUAAUGGCCGUGUUCGUUCGUUCACUAAUAGAAAAAAAAUUGAAAUCUUUAUCAAACACAAGUAUUUCUGCAAAUUUAUUUUAA